UCAGGAUGCUCAGAGCCGCCGCCGGCCGUCCCGACGCGCUGCCGGCGCGCGCGCGCGUGGUGUUGUGAUUGUGCAGUGAAAGUGAUGGUGCCAAAAAAGGUGAUUGUGAUUGACGGCAAUCACUGAUUGUGUUGUUGCUCGUGUGCCCUGCGAGCGGGAAUAGUGGCAACAGACCGGCGGACUAGAGGACCUCGUCGUCGGCAGACCCGGGCCGACCGGGCCGGAUUUCUCGCUUCUCGUCGGACUCGGUGGAGCGGCAUGGCGCCCCCGAGAGGACGGCGAGGGCGGAGCGCCGCGUGACACGAGUGUGCGUGCGGCGUGCGUGCGCGGUCCAUGUUGACAUGGCCCCGCUCUGGCGGCUGGCCUGGCUGCUGCUGCUGGCGCAUCCACUGCACUGUAGCAGCGUCCACCGCAACCGCCCCGAGAACGACGACCUGAUGAUGCUGGACCUCGACAAGCCAAUCCCCGUGCUGCAGGUGCAGGCCCUGCUGGGCAAGAAGGCCUCCAUGCCGUGCGACGUGACGCCGUCCGAACCCGAGGACUUCGUCCACAUGGUGCUCUGGUUCAGGGAGAGCGAGGGCGUCCCGGAGGGCGAGCCUCUCUACAGCUUCGACGGCCGCGGUCGCCCGGUGGGGCAGGAGCUGGUGUACUCGGCCACGGAGGCCUUCGGGACGCGCGCCUUCUUCCGCACCGCCACCACGCCCGCCGAGCUGGUCGUGGACAACCUGUCCGUCAGCGACGAGGGCCUGUACCGCUGCCGGGUGGACUUCCGGAACUCGCCCACCCGCAACGUCAAGGUCAACCUGACCGUCAUAGUGCCACCCUCCAAGCCUGUGAUAUUUGAUUCCGAGAGUAAAGACCCCACCAAGUUAGUGGCGCCUUACAACGAGGGCGACAGCGUCAUUCUUCUGUGCGAAGUUAAGGGAGGCCGGCCGCGUCCGCGCGUCGUCUGGUUCAUGGAGAACAUGGUCCUGGACGAGUCCGUGGAGACGCGCGAGGACGGCGUCACCAUCAACCGGCUGACGCUGCCGAACGUGGGCAGGACGCACCUGCACUCGCGGCUCAUCUGCCAGGCCUCCAACACCAACCUCGCCAUGCCGCUGGCCAAGGCCGUGGUGCUCGACGUCAACCUGAAGCCCACGUCCGUGACCAUCACGACGCGCGAGCGGCACCUGGAGGCCGGCAAGACCUACGAGAUCGAGUGCAAGUCGCAGGGCUCGCGGCCCUCGGCCGUCAUGUCGUGGUGGAAGGGGCCGCACCCGCUGCGGCACCAGGACAAGGUACCAAAUUCGCAGUCGGAGGCGGACGGGGUAGCGCUGAGCGUGCUCAAGUUCUCGCCCACCAUCGACGACGACGGCAAGUACCUGACGUGCCGCGCCGAGAACACGGCCAUCCCCGGCUCCGUCAUCGAGGACAAGCUGCUGCUCAACGUGGAAUACCAGCCGCUCGUCUCCAUCAAGAUGGGGACCACCCUCAAGGCCGACGAGAUCAAGGAGGGCGACGACGUGUACUUCGAGUGCGAGGUCCGCGCCAACCCCAAGGUGUACCGCCUCGUCUGGUACCACGACGGGACUGAGAUCGCCCACAACCAGACGGCCGGCGUGGUGCUCAGCGACCGCAGUCUGGUGCUGCGCCGCAUCAACCGGGCGGCCGCGGGCAGCUACACGUGCCUCGCCGCCAACAGCAUGGGCAAGAGCGGCUCCAACGUGGUCAAGCUCAGCGUCAUGUACGCGCCGCGCUGCCGCGAGGACCGGGACCAGCUGCUGGGCGCCGUGAAGAACGAGCGCAUCGCGCUGCACUGCGACCUGGACGCCAACCCGGAGCAGGUGUCGGUGCACUGGACCUUCAACCACUCGGGCACGCUGCAGGACGUGGCGUCGCGCGUGUCGCAGGGCCCGGCCGGGGCGCAGGGCGCGCACUCCAGCGGGGCCCUGCUGUACUACACGCCCACGCUGGACCAGGACUACGGCACGCUGGCCUGCUACGGCACCAACUCGGUGGGCCGCCAGACGCGGCCCUGCGUCUUCCAGAUCGCCGCCGCCGUCAAGCCCUUCAGCCCCGCCAACUGCACGCUGGCCAACAUGACGGGCGCCGGCUACCUCCGCAUCGAGUGCGUGGAGGGCUUCGACGGCGGCCUGCCGCAGUGGUUCCUGCUGCAGAUGGUGGAGCUGCCCGGCAUGCAAGUGCGGCACAACCUGACGCUGGCCAAGGGACCCCCCGUCUUCGAGCUGACCUGGGUGCCGGCGCCGGGCGUCAUGUACCAGGCCAGGGUGUUCGCCGUCAACACUAAGGGCUCCUCGGACCCCGUCAUCAUCGAGGACGCCCUGCUGAGCGGCAUCUCGCCCGUCACUGGCCCCGUGGUGAGCUCCGGGCUGAGCCCCGUGCUCAUGGUGCUGGUGGCCAUCAGCUGCUCGCUGCUGCUCAUCGGGCUGUCCGCCGUGCUGGCGCUCUACGUGUGCCGGCGCACGCCGCCCGCCGACCUCAAGCACCAGAUGCAGGCGUCUGGGCGGGGCGGCCAGGGCCAGGGCCACGGCCACCAGAGCGGCGCCAACGGCGGCGCGGAGGGCCGCAUGGUGCUCAUCGUGCGCUCGCCCUCGGGCGCCAACGGGCCCGUCAUCACGUCGGGGGCCGUGGUGUCGCCCGAGGACGCGGACCCCGACAUCAUCCCCAGCAAACACGAGCGGCGGCCGCUGCGGGGGUUCAUGAAGAUGCACAGGACGCCGCCGCAGAGGCGGAGACGGAACCGGGCGGACGACGGCGUGGACGACGUGGAGGACGACGACAAGGAGGCCGAGGAGCCCCUGACCAACCACCGGGGCUCGACGCCCGUCCUGCACAGCACGCCGCCCAUGAUGGCCGUGUCCGGCCACGCCACCCUCCCCCACCCGCCCAAGGACUCGGGCCACAAUAUAUACAUUCCGACUGCAAACAGCUUCAGCCACAGCAACAACUCCAUCGCCCACAAGGGGGUGACGGCCUGCUCGCCGCUCAACCCGGUGCACGCCAUGGAGAGGCUCAUGAUGAACGGGUCAACCAAGGCGACGCUGGCGCACCACGAGCCCAUCACCACGUCCAACCGGAUCCAGGAGAGCUGCAUCUAGUGCGUGGUCGCGGUGGUGGUGGUCAAGACAGUGACGCUCUCCGAGUGUCGCCCUUGGUGCUAAAAAAAGGACGCUUAGUGAAGUGACUUACCAAUCCCCGGUAUGGAUUUUUGUGAUUUUGCGAAGAGCCCCCGGCGAAGCGCCUCAGCGUGCUCUGGUCGGGGUUGACCCUUUUGUAUCCGAUCCUCUUGUUGUAACGGGUGUCACUCUGUGUGACGAAUUAAUGUACGACGAAGCAGUAUUUGCCUAAACCUAAGGAAGUGCCCACUUGAUGUUAAUUUGCGUUCUGCCCCUUUAAUAUUUUGCCGAGAUUAAAAAUCGGACCGCUGCAUUUAUAUGUUUUCUUCUAUCUGAAUGGUUAGUGAGUUAGUCAAAUGAAAGGUGACUAUUUUUGUACAACUUCACAAAAAUGUAUAUUGCAUAGUCAAAAGUGUUCCUUUGUUUUCACACAGAGUGAAAAAAAAACAUACUAUGUUAUUUAUUUUUUAUUUUCUUGUGUUUUAACUCUUUGAAUGGAAGACUACGCCGCCCAAACUAAAUCACCCACCCAAUAAUCUACUCAUCUCACUAGUCAUGUUUUUAUUUGAUAGCUGAUCUUAUGAUGAUGGAAGAUUCGACAAGAACGCAAAUUUUUGUUCCCGUUGUUAUGCCAAGGCAUUAAUUGUGAUGCGAAACACGAGAACUACGUUGUUAUGUUACCUGUUCGACAGUAGUUAUGAUGUGAUAAAAAAAUGGUUGUACAUACAUAAAAACACUGAUUGUAGGCCGCCAAUUUUCAAGAAAUGGAAAGAAACCCGCACACAACAAACUGGAUUGCACACUAUGACUAACGCAUUGCACUGGAGUACUCAAGGUUGAAGUGGUACCUGUUAUAUGUUGAGUUAAUCGCACAUAGCGUUUACAAUUUUGAGACUGAUUAUUUAUGUACUUGUGUACUAUUAGUGUGACAACCGAUCCCAGAGACCGUGUGCUUUGAUAGCCACGGCUCCUUGUUUUAAUGAGACCGAGAAGUAAUUUACUCUCUAGUUAGACAAAAAAACUUCUUUUUAAUAGUUGAUGUGCGUAAAUUUAAUUGAAAUUAAUGUGUGUUUGAAAGGAUGAAUUAAUACAUUUUAUUAAUCGUUAGUGUUCUACCGUCUUCGUCUUGUUUGCCAGAGCUCCAUAAACAAUAACAUGUUUUGCUGUAGAAGCUAUGAUUUCAUUGAUGGCCUGAACUGGUAUUUCUUUCUGUGACGGUAACCGCCUCAUUGUUUUUUUUUUUUUUUAAAUGGCCAAUAUUCUAAGCCUUGUGCUGAUUGCCAGCUCUCUUUAUGUGUUUCAAAGCACUUGUUGUUAAAAAAACUUUUGUAUUGUAAAUAAAAGACCAAAGAUAUA